AUGCCCUUCCUCACAGCACCCAACUGGCAGAUCAGCUGGACUCCACUGCUGGUGCUAGGGUAUCUCUUUUACCUCCUCCUGGGUGCUAUGGUGUUCCAGUUGCUGGAGAAGCAGGCAGAAACCCACUCUCGGUACCAGUUCCACCUGGAGAAGCUCAAGUUCCUGCAGAACUACACGUGCUUGGACAGGCAAGCCCUGGAGCAGUUCAUACAGGUCCUCAUGGAAGCACUGGAAAAAGGGGUCAACCCAGAACAAAACUCUACGAAUCCCAGUAACUGGGACUUCAGCAAUUCUUUCUUUUUUGCAGGAGCUGUUGUCACUACUAUAGGCUACGGUAACCGGUCCCCCAGCACAGUGGCAGGACAGGUCUUCUGUGUUUUUUAUGCCUUAUUUGGAGUGCCACUCAACUUGGCCUUCCUUAACCAGUUGGGGAAAGGUCUCAAUGCUCAUUUGAUUACUCUGGAAAGAUGGGUGCAAAAGCCAGGCCAUGACCAGGUGGUUCAGAGACUGGCCAUGGCUGUCUUCCUGACUGCAGGGAUCUUGCUUUUUCUAGUGUUCCCACCACUGGUUUUCAGUUAUGUAGAAGGCUGGAGCUAUGGAGAAGGCUUUUACUUCACUUUCAUCACCUUGAGCACAAUUGGAUUUGGAGACUAUGUAGUAGGCACAAACCCAAACAAGCACUACAUCCCACUCUACAGAAGUCUAACUGCAAUUUGGAUUGUUUUUGGCUUGGCCUGGCUGGCCUUGGUCUUCAACGUGGGAGCUCAUUUGAUGGAAAAAUUCCUUCAGCUCAAGUGGCACAAGCCUGACUUGAGCUUGACAGAAGGAUCCCCAGACAAACCAUGAACCCCAGCAGACCAGGAUCCACGUGAACAAAGUACAUAGAGAAGUCUUGAGGGAGCACCUUUCAUCUGCAUCUCACACUAAGGAAGCUCUGUGGAUUAAGGUUAAAAGUACAUGUUGCAGACAGUUUCUGGAGGAAGAAGCUUUUACACACACAGUCAAGGCAUCAGUCAAUUAAGACCUUCAGAGAAGUAAGCAUGCAUGGUAAAGCAACUGUCCCAGAUUCAUUUUGUACUUCUCUCCCAACAAAGGCAACUUCCCUUGAAAUAAUCAAUUACUGCCCUUUCCCUUUUAGUAUCAAAAUCCUGAUCUUACAGUCAUUCAUAUUCAAAAAAUCCAAGGUGAGUGCCUCCCAGUUCCCAUGAGAAGUGUUGUCAUUAAGAAUAACUGGUGGACAAAGUCAGGUUCUGAAGUCCUCUUUCAUUUCCAAUUAGAAAACUAAGAUAACCCCAGAGAUAACAAUGGCAAAGACCACCUGUUUAAUGGCAUCCAUUCAGUUAAGAUUUGUUUGAUAUCAUCUAAAACUAGAGGUUUUCAUGUAAAAUGAUAACAUUUCUUUCAUUCCUGAGCUAACAUGCUUCUCUCUUAAAUUGUGUAGAUCUUUUGUGUCUGUCCAGCACCAGCUAAACUGUUACGCUUCCAUUUGGAGUUAAAUGACAGGUCAGAGAAGGUCCUUACCAGAGUUCAUUUCACAGGUACCUGAAAACAAUACGUUAAACUAAAUGUCAGUGCAAACAAACUUCCUUAUUUCCAGUCAGAUCACUAUUAUUACAGUCCUGCAUUUUCUUGGGCUAGUUCAGUGAAGAACUAUCAUGCACAGUAUAGGACUGAUGCUGUUCAUUUACCUCUAAAGAAGGCUGAUAGGCUCUUGUGUUAAAUCUGAUCCUCAGUCAUUCAUGUAGCAUUGGCAGUGGAACAGAGAGAUUGCUUUUAUCAGUUAUCAUAAGCCAAAAGUAACAGCAGCCAUCUCCAGAGAGACAAAAAAUCCACAGAAGUUUGCCCAGGCAGCUCAUAGCAGGCUUGCCGCUGAGAUAUGAAACUGUAGUCAUGCUUCAUAUUAAGUAAGCUGUGGAAACUUGAUUAAGCAAUUGCGUGUUCAUUCUGAGCAUCAUACUAGAUUGUUUGUAAUCAUCACUAACACCUUCUGUGGAUAUGCUUAUAAUAAUGUACAUGCUGCUAUUUGUUCAGUGUGUCUUAUUAACCACCAACUAAUCCAUUUAAAAUUCACGUUAAGUGGAACUUUAAUGUAAAGUGUGAAUGAAAUAUGACUGGGCAUGCAGACUAACCCCAAGGUAGUCUUUGGCUGGCAGGCUACAGUAAUAUCAGAUGUCAACAUUCCAGCAGAUAUUUUGAUAUUUCAUUUUAGGGAAUUGUCCAUAAAACGUGUAGAUACUUGUGUGUAGAUUACAAAUCUCUUCUCACAUACUUGCUGUCCUAGACCUUCACUUCUGAGGAGAGUCCAGCAGGCUCUUGCAUCUGGCUCAGUGCUUGUUUGCUUUCUGCAGUGCUAAUUACUGACUCCUGCUCAGUGCAGCUUGGAUAUCAAAUCUGAAAUGCCAGCAUGUAAGAAUGCCAUCUAUAUCUUAUUCAACUGAUCUGAAAACUGAGCUCUCAGAUGCUUAUCCAUCUGAGAUUUCCUUCACAUCUUACCACUACUUACUUCACAGAUUUUAUCUCAGUCUCUGCACUGAUCUUCCUCAACAGUUCCCAUAAAUUUGUGCAACAGUUUUCUUUGUAGCCUGGUAGCAUACAGCUUUAUCCUGUCUGGCUUUUUGUAUCUUCACAAAUCUCCUGAGAAACAUACAUUCUCAAUAUCCUCUCUUCUUAGCAAUAAUGUUUGUGUAGGCACUUGAUAGCAUCAUCACCAUCACUAUACCCUAUACCUCUCUUGUGUCAUAAGACACUUCUGGCCCACUUGUGUGAAAGCCAAAGCUAAAUUCUGCUGACCUUCAUAUCCGGUCAGUUUCUUUCACCUCUCCUUUUUCCAUGCCACCUUGCUUUAUCUAAUCACAGCCAGCCAUAAAACAUGCGGUAGUCUAAAGGUAAUGAUACAAACUGUUUUAUAACAUGUUGCAUGCCAUAAAAAGUGAUAAUGAGGUUUAUCAGAGAAACAAAGCAUGUGUGGACUACUUACUGGCAAAGAGUUUGUAAAAACCUUUCUUAGUUGACAGCCAACAGCACAGAGUUUGAGCUCAUUUUACCUCACCCCCCAAAUUGUUCCUAUACUUUGUACUGCUUUUGCAAAGCAGCAGCAUGAUGAGACUACCUUCUGAAAUUUUUGCUUCUACUGCUUUUAGCAAGGCUGACAGUAGCUACAGUAAUUCACAAGCUGCCUGCCAGAAGACUCAAUAAAUGAAAAAAUAAAACCAAAAAAACACCAGAAAAAAAAGAAAAAAAUAGCA